AGAAGGACGAAACUUCGCGACCGCUUGAAAUUCAUCGUAAUUKGCUCAAGCAGUGGAGAGAAUUUGAAUCGAAAUCAACAAGUUCCCAUUUCUUAGUGCGUUCGGAGUUUGUGUCACAAAUAUUUCGUAUAAUUGACCCAAAAUGGUGAAACAGGCCCUCGUCCAAGCCAUAGAGGAAGUCAUUGGGGAGUACGUUCUCAACAUUGAUAAGGAUAAAAUAAAAAUUGCUGCAUUGCGGGGAAAGGUUAAACUUGAAAAUGUUCAUCUUGACGGCGAUGUGUUGGGCGGCCAUGUGUUUGAGAAGAUUGGGUUGUCUGGUUUUGGUAUACUCAGCUGUUGGGCCAAAUCUGCUACGAUUAGUAUCCCUAUGAAAAAUCUAGAAAAAGAAACGACUAGAAUAGAAUUGCAUGGGGUUCAUUUGAUAUGUCUGCCGCUUUUACCGGCUACUGCCCACCUAUCAUUUGGAGUAGGUAAUGUUCUCGACCCACGAUGCACGCUACGAACAAGAUCGAAAAGGACAAAGCUGGUACGCUUCGAAAAGAAUUAUUUGCACGGGCGGAUUCCUGACGAAGGUCCCAUAUCUCGGCGGAUCCUUCGUGCCGUAAGAAAUGUUGAACGGGAACAAAAGAGAAAGUCACGCAAACAAGCGAAAGGAAGCACUAACUCCAUUUUUGCUGGAGGCAGUACGAAUGGUACUGCGACAAGCGACUCUGGCAGUGCCUCAUCAUCUUACCCCUAUAACUCUUUAGGUGAUAUGUCAGAYUCAGAUUUCUUUUCGGAGGACUUGGUGGAAAAGACUUUUCUGGAUCAGAUGGGUGUUGAAUAUAGCAGCGAAGAAGAAGAGCUAACAAACAAUGCUACUGAGGGAUAUCAACAAGAGGCAGGCCAAGACCAAGAAGAAAAAUCAUCGAGACACUCGCAUAGAACCAUCCAUAACAUUUCAGACAUUGCCGACGGAACGGCACGAGAAUUGCCUCAGCUUGCUCGUGAUUGGAAGGUGAAGUUACGAGAGAAGAUAAUGCGUAACUUGGAAGUGAGUGUCCGUGACAUUCAUUUUCGUUGCGAAGUUUUUGAAGGAGGACUAGAUUUUUGCCACCCCGAUCAUCGAAAKAAGAAGUAUAAACGUAGGAGGAAGGACGAAUACGACCAAAGAGCGUUUGCUUUUGGGGUUACUUUAGACUCGUUUUCAAUGAGAACAGCCAAUGAACAAUGGGAAGCUGGUAGCCACGAGAAGACCAGAAGUACAACAGAUAAUGAUCACUUAGGGCCGAAUCCGUACGAUGCAAGACAAAACAAAGUUCACUCUUGGAAGAAUCUCUGCAUGUACUGGGACGACGACCCUCUCUUUCUCAUUUCAGAAUGCGGACUCGUAACAACUCCUGGGCACCGACUUUCGUCAGAGAAGUUUCAUUCAAAGAUUUCAACUGCCAUGGAGUCACUUCGCACGCAACAAGAGCCGGGAACCAAAAUUCGACAAUCAUUAGCCGUUUACGAUCGACGAACUCAAAAUCACGAAAGUCGGAAUAGCUCCACUAAGGAACAAAAAUCUCAUCAAUAUGUAUUCGAAGACGUGUGUGGUCAAUUUCGACAAAGGACUAGUAAUCGCACAGAGCCAGGUCCUAUCUCCGGCCAAUUCGAAUUCUUGCCACUCAAUUUGGAAUUCAAGCUUAGGCCACAUCAGUAUGUCCAAUACACAAAGUUGAAAUCUGCCAUGCUGUCRCAACGCCGUUUCGAUACAAUGUUACGUCAGCGACCCACACAAUCACCGCUCGAGAAUCCAAGAGAGUGGUGGAAAUAUGCCUUUGGAUGCAUAACAACAAGACCAAACUCUAGAUCUUGGAAUGAUGUGAUUCAAAUAACGUGCAAUAGAGAUCGUUAUAUUGAACUGGUCGCCAAAAAAUUAGCAACGGAUACCGAUGGAGCUGGCUUCCACMGAGGGUUAACGGAACCUGAAAGUUUUGAACUGUUAGAAUUGGAAGAUCUGUUGCCAAUUGAAGCGCUUUUAUCAUUCCAUUUACUCGCACUCAGGGAACACGUUGAAAAUACCAUGAGCGUAGAUGAUAUCAAAAGGACUGGAAGGAAGGGGGGAAAGGAGAAAAGAUUUUCUGACAGAUCUUCCUCUUCUCGAGGACGAAUCUUGAGUCGAGGGAGUUUGACAAGAAUUUUCAAUAGGAGUCGUUCAAAAAAUCAUUCAAUCAGUGAAAUGGAUUUCGUACCCAUUAAAGAACCGCAUCAGAUAACAGAUCCUACUCAUCCGAAACCGCCCCAUGUGCCAAAUGGGAACCCGGACGGUUCUAUGACUCUAUUGGAAGCAAUGACGUUGAGGUUGGGAAAGAAAGUCUGGUUCAUUCACUUCAAAAUUUAUCACAUUACAUUUACAGUCACGCUAUUGUCAGCAUCCGGUCAAGAAAUYGUGAAAUUGAAGUCCGAGAAAGCAGGUACUAUCAAAUUUUUCGGCCGAGGCAAGCUUGACUAUUUCUUUGACAUAACCAGAUUUGAAGCAGCUGAUUGCCAAGCAAAAAGCGACGAAGAUGGCACUAUACUAGCAAUCAAUCCUGUACAUGUACACGAAAGCCCGAUUAUCAGUCCUAGAGGAGAUGACGAUGAUUUCUCUACAGACCUCUCCGAAGACCUUGCUCUGACUCCGUCUUUCACUGUUGACAAUGUUAAACACCCUACUGGCUUUAUGGACCUCCCUCCCUCUGGGAUUGUAUGCCGUUUAGCUGCAGCAAGGGAAAAGGGGUCCACAAAACUCAGUUUCUCUGCUCAUCCAGCUACAUUGAUGUGGACACGUCAAUGCUUCGAUGCUGUAGCUGAAUUUUUUGGGGCACCAUCUACGAAAAUGCAAACUGAGUUGACUAGUCAUUUGAAGCAUGCCGCAACUCCGCUUGCACGGAAAGCUCAGCUUGCUUUCCUAUCUCAGUCUACGUUGCUAAUACAUCUCAACAUUGCAGCACCCAAAAUAUGGAUACCACUUUCGGAAGGGACUGAUGGAGCUCUGUUCCUUGAUGCUGGGAAUUUACGKUACUCCUACGACAAAAAGAAUAGUCAAUCUGAUGUUUCUUGGGGUUUGCAAGCUAGUGAUAUUCAAGUCAACUUUGCUCGAUGGCGGGUGUCAGAAAUUAGAGAUAGAAUGGCAAACCCAAUUUCAUUCACUUUCAUAGAAUCUCCAAUGAAAGGAUUAAGUUCAAUCAUUCGACCAUUUCAGAUAGAUGCAGCUGGUGGAAUGCAAGAACGAAAGUUAGCAACAGAAAUAGCGUCAGGGGAAUCUUUAAAGUACGACGGAUCCGUUAGAUUCCUUGACGUCGCAAUCAGUACUAUAGCUUUGAACUUGGUUGAUGCAGAGGUUCUUGCUCGAGCCAUAGGUAAAUGGUAUUCGCAAGGCCUUUUAACUGCACGUGGACGCGUGUCUACUAAAGGGAAAAAAUCACACUACAAAGAUCAGAAUGCUUUUUCUUCAACUUACGAGAUCCAUAAGCGAGCAGCUCGGAACUUCAAAUCAAGGAAUUCAACUCCCCAAUGCCUCUCACUAAUAGUAGAAAAAAUUGAAAUGGCUUUGGAGGGUCAUUCAAAAAUGAACUUCUCAGAYGAGAAAAGUAUCGAAUCACAUGACACCACACUAUUCGGCCAAUUUGCUUCACCAACGAGGACGUAUGUUGUUGAAGUCUUUAGACUAUGUUGGGAGAGAACGAAGAAUCAUGACAUCAUCGCAAACAAAUUGAUAGCAUCCGACGCUUCAAUUGUCCAGCUUAAGGCUCCAUCUGAGUACACUCCGAUGAAAAAUCGCCACCAAGCCCUCGAAUCACAAUACUCUAUUUUGGAACGAGGARUUAUGAAUGGUGAUGGAUGCCCUAUUUUGAGUGUUAACGUAUUGCAUGAUGGGACAAUACAUCUGGAUGAGGUAGAAAUUGACGUCGACCCGGUGAUUCUUCGAGUGACACCGACUACGUUGAAAGAUUGCACUAAAGGAAUUCGAAAAAUUGCAGAGCUAGUCCAACUAAUCACACGCGCCAUGGAACGAAAAGUUCACGAAGAGGGAAGGAAAGCGAGACAAUUAGAUCGUAACAAGACAGAUACAAUGAGGCCUCCAUCCCCAGCUAUGUCACUUACCAGCACUGUGGAUAUUGCUGAAGCGGAAAGCAUCACUCAAAGAUCAGUUGGAACCGAAACGACGAAGAAAUCUCCGUCGGAUUCAAGCCUUAUUGUCAAAGUCAUCGUGAAAGAUGKAUGCAUUUUGGCUGGUAGACCGACAUUCUCUAGCCCCGCAAAAAAGUUGAAUCGAAAAAUUCGAUACAAUAAGCAGGCGUACUCUUUUGCUGUCGUCCAAAUAAUUUCCAAUGCGUUGAUCAUGUUCCAAAGUAUCGAAAAUGCCGAUGCUAGCGGGUCAAAAACACUACACGUUAGCCUUGACAAUCUCUGUGGUAGUGUUGACACAGAGUUUGAAAAGAAGUCAUCUASGCAACAAACGCCCAUGAUUGGUCCAUCUGAAGCAGAGUUUCGCCUUGCUAAUGCUACAGAGAAUAUGGGCUGUCCAGUUUCAAACGAUAUCUCUGUCGAUUGCGAAAAGCUACGAUCAUCUUUAACUCCUAAUGACCUCUCGAUUUUGAUAAGUAUCGUCGAAAUAAUGAGACAAAGACUUAAGGGAAUACAAGGUUUCGCCACUGGACCCGGCCACAAGCAGGUGCUGAAACAGACGAAGAGUCCUUUAUCAUCAGUGUUAAAGUUUCAGAAGAGAGGUACUGGAAUAGCAACGAAUAUCCGGAUUGAACUUCAAAACUUUUCAUUCAUCGUUUUGCGUACAUUCCAGUCCAGAUACGGAGCGCCAGAGUUUUUGAGUUUCAAUCUUAAUCAGUUGAAGUGUACAUUGAAUGGUUGCGUGUCCGCAUUGGCAGGAGAAUGCAUAACUGAUAUUUCUGUUGAUUUUUACAAUUCUGAAGUAUCUGAGUGGGAGUACGCGGUCGAGCCAUUUCCGUUGAAGUUGGCGGUUGAUCAAAUGCCCAAUGAGAUGACCUUAGAUAUUUCGACMAACAGCGAAAUUCAGUUGAAUCUAACUGGUAUUUUUCUGAGAGACUUCUCUGAGCUGGACUUUCAAUCUCUGAAAAAGCCCAGAAGUAAAGAAACUUCGUAUGCAUUAACACCGUCAGCUCUCUCGACUGUAGGGCUUCGGAGGGCUACUGAAUCUCGUUCUGUCAAAGUACGGAAUCUGACUGGUCUUGAGAUUGAAAUUGAUCUUGAAAGGUCACCAAGAUCACACAUCAAGAAAACAGGCGUGAGAUUUGACUCUGUCGGCCCUGGUUUGAUAAAAGACAAAUKUCAUGCCUCGUUUGAUUCCCUUUUUGAUAGUGUCGAUCCAAAGCAAAAUUUAGAAACUUCGAAAUUUUGUCUAAAAAUUCCAGCUUCUUCAGCGAAUAUAAUUGGCGAGAGAGACACUAUUACGGGCCUUCCGGUCGCAUUAUCAUCAGGCGAAUCGAGAACAAUCCAUAUAUUGAGACCAGAUUCGCUACUUCAAAGCAGUUCGAACAACGAACGAGACCUGAAAAAGCCUGAGAUCGAAGAGCACGACGAUCAAAGUCAACUCACAUUCACUUCAACAUCACCAUACUAUGCAUACUACCAUGCUGAACCUGUUGUCGAAUAUUGUAUGCAAAAUCAGCGUUUGCGAUCAAGCACUGUUGAUAUAUACAGCCUCGAUAAAGGCAGAGAUCUUCUUUCGUCGAGUUUCUGGUCUCCUGAAGAAGACUACAACGCAGAAUCUAUCGGUCUAAUUAAAAGCACACAUGGUCUUGCAGCAGCAUACGUAGACGAUAGUUUCGCGGUCGACAACCAGAAGGAUGUUCAGCAYUUUCUUCCCAACAGCCCRACACGUCGCCAAAAYGACUGCAAGCCACUCAAAGGGAAUUGGCUGAGACCKUAUCUCAAAAAUGAUUCACCAGAAUGGACGGAUAUGACAUGUAUUUUGCCCUUGGCUCGUGAGCGAGUAAUGCUUCCAGAUAACAAUUGGAUGUGGGUAAAUGACUGGACGGUAGAUGUGUCUGGUGACUUUGAAGAGUCUUCGGAUGCGGACGGAUAUGAAUAUUCGGCAGAUUUUGAGACAUUCACCAGAUUAAGACGGUUCUACAUGCGUGGUGAUUCGUGUCGUCGUCGCAGGUGGACCAGGACGCGGAUUGUAAAACCGCCUCUUCUCAAUGACCCACGCCGACCCUUGAAAAUUGUCUGGCACACCUUCCUUGACGAAAUGGGUAAUUUCAAUGUUGAUGUCAAGAGUCAUGUAACAAUCCACAAUUCAACCUCAACUUCUUUAUCCUUUUUUGUUUACAGUCCAUCAUGGGAGGAAGAAAAGUUGAUUGGUUCUGCGGAACCCAAUCGAGAAUUAUCUGUACCCGUUCUUUUCGCAUCUGGUAUUUAUCUUAGACUUGCAAAAAGAAGAUGCAAUCGUUCCUCUUCGUGUCUUCAAGAUUUUGACGCAAGUGAUCGAAACUUGAUGCUUCCAACGAGUUAUAAUUCAAACAAUCUAAUUCGCACAUCAAUAAAAAUGAAUGAUGUUUCUGAGACACAUCUUCAUUUCCUUCUCAACGUAAAAAGUAAGAAGGGUAUUGUUGACAUACAUAUUGAACCAGUAUUGAAGAUMAUCAAUCUUCUUCCCUGUCAAUUGGAGUGUCAGCUCGGUGAAGUCCUUCGACCGUCGGAAAGAAGACAAGUUGACAAUAGACCAGUGAUAUCUCGGGGAAAAAAAUUCAGAAUAGCGAACGUUGAAACAAUGARAGUUGCAAGUGGUCUCGAAGGAAAAUGCGUAGCUCUCAAUCCUGGAUCGAAGCCUCAUGUCAGCCUUAGAGUUCCGGGGUAUAGGUGGUCAGCCUGGCAACGAAUUGUAAACAGAAAAGCGAAUUCACUCACGUGGCGACCCUCUGAAGCGGAAGAAGAAAUCCACCUUUACGCUGAUAAGGGAGAUGCAGAAGAUUAUGCAGAAGAAUUCAAAACCAGUGUUCAUUUUGAUCGUUUGGGAAAAUCUGGAGAAUCUCUUGUUCUAAUUAUUAGUGUUGAAGCAGGGCACUCGCCGAUACUACGAGUUUAUUCCCAGUACUGGGUGCUAGACAAGACUGGAUUUGRAUGCCGGUUUUGUGAGAGUUUUAGCGAUUUAAUGGGAACUGUUGCUGAUACCGAAUACUCAAGAAGAUCAUACUUGCCAAAUGACAACGUAGGUAACCCUUCUAUGAAGAAAGACUUGCAAAUUCAGGGUCAUCAAUGGUCCGUAGGUAUGAAUGGAAUGUCACUUUAUUUUUCUCUGAAGGAAAAAAUUGCCAUAUCUAUUGAAACUGGUUCCGAUAACAAUGGUUAUUUUCAAGGUAAAAAAGGAGUGAAAUCAAAGUGGACCAGCCCGAUGGAUGUAUCAAACGUUUUGCCAAAAACKGUUUUCUCGGUUGACGAAGUUGGCGGCCCCCGUCGUUUCGAGCUCGCAAUGAGUGUAACAGUUUGCCCUGGAAUGUUUGCUCGAACCAAACUGAUAACUUUUUUCCCCAGGUACCAGAUAGUCAAUUUAUUGAAACGAGAACUAGUUAUUGCACAGGAUGGGUGUCUCAAGUCGGCAAUAUUGAUUCCAUCACAGUCAUCAGUUCCUUUUCAUUGGGAACGACAAUCUCUACCUCCAAAGGUAAGAUUAGGAACACCAACGAUGGAAGAGAAGGAUACUGGGGAUUAUGAUGAGUGCUGGACAAAUGGCUGCAUUCAAUUAGACAAAAUAGGAAUUACGUCGAUCAGAAUUCCUACCGCCGGGAUUCUACCAGCGAGGCCUAUGAUUGUGCAGACUGAAGUGCGACUUGCAACGAAGGAACAAAAUUCUGCUGUUGUCAUCGUGAUAUGGUCGGCGAACGAAAAAUCAGACCCUCUUUAUCUGCUUAGGAACCGGACUCCAUACACAAUUUUAUGUCGCCAACCUCUGCAAGAAGAGCAGAAUGACGAUAAUCCGAGUGGGCUCACCUCAUGUGGUACAGAAUCAACAACUGUCUCAAAUUCGAAAAGAAAAAAUAGACUUGAAUGUGGUGGGGAGAUCACCCCUAUGCUUCGUUCUUUUCUUGGGCUCGAUCGGAUUGAAGAAUUCGUUUGGGUUUUGCGAAGCGGUGAUGUUGCCUGCUGGGGUUUCGAUGACCCAGAAAAGCCUCGUAUUUUGGAAUGGGCAUGCAUGGACGACGAAUCGUAUACCUUCAAUGAGAGCAGCGAAAAAGUUCUUGUCGAAAUCGAUAACAUGGGAUCUUCUAGCAGUCUAAAUUUGGGGAAAAAGCAAGUGGUGUGUCAGAUUAAAGCCGAACACUCAACCAAGGUAGCYGAGUUCAGUUCCUUUGAAAUUUCUCGUAACCUAAAAAAAUCGAAGCAGAGAAAUAUCGAGAAGGCCACGGCAGACAAAAAUGCAAAAACCUCAUCCUACGAUGACAUAGAGGAUGCCGCGUUGAGCGUACGGUGUGGUAUUCCGUCGCUUUCAAUUUCAGUUAUCGACAAUGCAAUCGCAGGUCGUCACGGGCGUGAAAUCCUCUUGGCCCAGUUUGAUAGGAUUUUUGCCUCUUUUUCUCAGAGUAGGGAAGGGUAUCAUGAAAUCGAAUUCAGACUACAAACGAUGCAAGUCGAUAACCACGUCCCAUCCUCAAUUCACCCAGUUUUAAUUUUUUGUCCAAAAUAUGACCAUAUGGAACCAUUUCUUCACUUAUCAGCAGUGAGACGACUCCAGGAGCACAGUAAUACGUAUGUGUUCCGAUAUGCUGCAUUCCGAGUGCUCGAAGUUAGAAUUUUUCUUGAUCGGAGAACAGCAGAAAAUGUGGCAAGUUUUUUUGAGCCUGUCCUAAAAUCAAAGGCUGACAUGGCCGACGAAGCCCCUGAUUUUGUGGCCGAUCUUACUACUAGGAUGAUGAAAUACUCUCAGUCAGACCGCUAUACACCAACAGAUGUCGAGUCAUUGAUUCAUUCUGCGAACUCCGGUCGAUUCUACUUUGAACAGCUUCAUCUUCAUCCUGUUCGAAUAACUUUGACAUUUUCGCAGGAAUGGAUGGAAUUUAACGAAGGAAACGAAGUGGCAUUGUUAUUUCAGUUUCUUCGUGGCAUGGCCAGUAUCGCUGACGCACCAUUGACUUUUACGUCUUUUGUUGUAGCACAYGUCUUCGAGUCUCCACAGGCUCUUCUCAGAGUCAUCGGUGUUCAUUAUUCCUCUCAACUGACGAAACAAAUAUUUUCAAUACUUGGCAGCCUCGCAAUUCUUGGUGCUCCUGCUGACUUUAUAUCGAAUGUUGGUACCGGGGUUCGUGACUUCUUUUACGAACCGAUUCAGGGUGCUGUUCACGGCCCUAGGCAGUUUAUAGAAGGCCUCGAAGCUGGCACCCAGUCCCUUGCACGCGGUGUCUUUGUUGGUGGACUAUCCUUAGCAGCGAAUGUUGCCGAAAUUGUGAACCACAAUUUGGCGUUGGCAAGUGCAGAUGAUAACUUUAUUGGAGAGAGAAAAGCGCACCAACGAAUGUUGACAGAUGCAAUGAGUMGAGGUACAACAAAUAGAAGAUUUAGAGACUCGAUGUAUUUGGCUGCAGCGAGCGUUUCCCGGGGUGUGAAGUCUGGUGCUGUGGGCAUUGUCGAGCAGCCRACAAGGUAUGCAGCAAAAUACGGGCCCGUGGGAUUGGUGAAAGGCGUAGGGAAAGCAGUGGUUGGAGCGAUCAUCAAGCCCGUAGUGGGUGUCGGAGACGCAGCCGCUCUAUUGAUGAACCACGUUUCUGACGCGACGAGCAAUAAGCAGGUGCAACCGAAGAUUCCAAAGCGUUUACGCAGAGCAUUGCCAAGUCGUUCUGCAAAGAAGCCGAACUGUGUCAUUCUGAGACCUUAUGAUGACCAGGAUGCGAAGGCUCAAAAGAUUGUCACAGAAGGUGAAAGGUGUGAUGAUGUCUACAUCGGUCACGUGUACAUUCCGAGUCACUUGAUAAUUGCCAGCGAGCAGUGUCUGUGGGCCAUAGAUCGUCUAUCUCGCGAGGCUUGGUGCGUAAACUGGGAAGAAAUAAGCCACUUUGGGCAAGUAGACGAUGGCGUUCGUGUCGUUGUAUUUAGCCAGACAGGACUGAAACCAUACAUAUUUCAAGUUGUUGACGACCACGAAGUCGAAAAACUGCAAGCACUUUUGACUAUGGAGUCCGAUAAAAUGGGAAAUGCCGCAAGCAACUUAGCAGAGUUGAAGAGAUCURCCCUACCGAGCAACGAAAGCUUUGAAGUUUCCACGAGCAACAUUCCGGGCAUCAAGACACCUCAAAAGAGUUACAUUUUUGGAAAAUGUAACARCGAGCGGAAGAAGUUGUCCAACACUAUCAAAGACGAAAUAGAUCUCAUCGAGAGCUGCUUUGGGCGCGUGAAACGGAUGGGCAGUGAGAUGCCAAACUUUUUGGAGACUCUCGACGAGGAAGCCUGGACUCUUGUAAGCUGCUGGGGUCAGGUAUUUUCUGGAUUGUCUUCUCGUCGUUGUGUUGCGGCGAGCAUAAUCAAUGGUACCGGAGAAGACAUCCAGAUCAAAUCGGCGAUACUCCUCGAAGGAGGCAGUCCGUGCUAUACGAUCCCCACGAAAGAGUUUGAUUCGGAUCACGGGGUGUUGCACGCCGGUGGCAUCAUYAUCUUCUUUGGAUGGAGCCAGCAACCGAGUCUGCUCCAGCCGGGCAACGUGUUUAUGCACAUCGAAACCAACGCUUUCACCGCCGAACUGGCCCACAAAAACAGCAGAGACGGGCACGCGGAGGCUUGUGCUGGUUACGAGCUGGGCUUUUUGGAAAAGAGCUACGACGAUCACGGCUGGUGGGCCAAGUAUUGGCUGCUCAUUUGCAAGUCGGAAUCUAGAGACACGUUUGAGACGGUAACUUCCGGGAGUUUUUAGCUUGGUGUUGUACUCGCGCUAGUGGUGGCAACCACCUUUUGGAACUCUGGACACUCUUCCUCGCGGAUGGUCUACUCGAAGAC